CAACAAGCAGUUCGCACGAUGAGUGCGUCGCUGACGGACGCGUUGGCCACCGACAGGUCAAGUCGCAGAAGCAGGUCAGCCGACUCGGAAAAGGGUUUGCUGGAGUUGCAUGUGUAUGAGGUGCCGGUUGAGAAUUGGCAGGAGUCGCGCCAACUGACCAGCAGCCCUAUCGACAAGCAGUCCAUAUCUCUUGGCUUCCUCAGCAGGGUCAGUCCGGAGGCGAGCGUCCGACGCCUAAGAACAGAGAUCGCCAUGCAGCUCGGACCGCAAAUCGCUCCCGACGACUUCGUUUUCCUCAGGUCUGUCGGAAGGAACUACACGCAGGUAAAGUUGCACCAAGAAGAACAGCUACGAGCAAAGAAUUUCGCUCCUCCUUAUGCCAACGAUCCUGAAGUUUAUAUGAUUAAAAUCAAAAGUGAGUCGCGACUUGAAACUACAACGUCAUUUCUUACCGACUCAGAUAAGGGCAGAGCGAUAAAAGGAUUUCCAGACGAUCUCUAUUCAUUGACGUCACCACAGUCGGCUGAAUUGAACAAUUUGAGCACAUUAACAUUCCCGGCGUUGUCACUAACGCCACAGCAGGGCUUGCAGACUGUGGUUCCGGCCAUCGAGCAGUCACCGGCUGUGCACACCGAGGAUUCGGGGGUCAUGUCUGAGGAAGAAACGCCCUCGCCAGAACCAUAUAAAGCCAUCGCCUUGCCAGGUCCAAAAGCUAUCACUGCUGCAGAAAGUUUUGAAACGGAGAAGGACGAGGAAGCCGAGGAAGAGGAGAAAAAUAAAGAUGGCAGCGAGUACAGCGAGUCGGCGCCUGCAAUAGUUGAGGCGAUUCCAAACCUCAGCAAGCACCACCUGUUCAGCCAGAAUGAUGAUGAGCCUGUUUCACCUGGGCCAAUUGUGACCAUUCCUAUUGCAGAUAAGCACGAUAAGUUUUUUUCGCCAAAUAUCGAGCAGAAGGGCGACUUCUCCGUCACUUUCGUCAUCCUUGAGGAUGAUGCAGCACCAAAGACCCCAAUCCAAAGAAUUAUGGACACCCCCAUUGAACUAGAUGGUGAGCUGGAGGAGGCCGAAGAACCUCAGCAGUUCAGACUUUUCCAGGGAAACAAUUCCACUAACGAUGAUGAUGAAAAUGAAGAUGAACUGGCCCUUAUGAGAGAAUUGCGGGAGAUAUCGAUUAUGAACCGAGAAGAGGAGGCUCGUCGACACCUCUUGGUCGGCCGAGCCACCGAUUUGCAGCAAAAACUGCGCGUCAAAAAAGACAAGAAGCAGACGGCUUUGAAGUCGCAGCUUGUAGCUGCCAGGCGGACGCAAGUUCCGCUGGAACAUGCGUGCGCCCAGCUGCGAAUGGAGCUCGACCGACACUUGCUCAGCUCCUUGGACAACAACAAGGACCAGCAGGUCAAGAUUUCAGGUCUAAGGGAUGGACCUUCACGCAAGUCCAACCUGAAAAUGGCUGCCUGCAGACUGCAGCGAGAGGUCAAAGAUUUAAACCGAACAAUCGGCUCUGUCAAGCUCAGACUAGAAACUGAAAUUAAGUUAAGAGCGCACGUAGAAAUGGACAUUCGCAACUUCCGAUCUGAGUUAUCCGAGAAAAAAGCAGCUGUGGCCGCCUUGCGCUCUUCGAGGAUAAUGCCUUCGACCAGGACGCGCUUGCCCACAAUUACAAAUAAAGCCUAAGAGUUCUUCAAAAUCCAAUCCAAAUUUUUCACAAGAUAAACUGAAUCCGUCCGCAAUAAUUCUAGAUGUAUCAAAGCAAUAAAUUAACGAAAUUGGUGCUGA